GAAAGGGAGGCCUUGCUGCUUCCCCACCAACUCCUGCUCCCUUUCGGCUGCGGUGGGCUGGGGGGUGGUUUCCUCCCUGCAUGAUUCCACUGGCUGUGGGUGGAUGCGGGGGUGCCCGAGCCUCCCACCGCAGCCGCUAUAAGGCUCCGCUCCGUCCCUGCGCUGGGGAGAGCCGAAAUCUCCCGCGGAGGAAGGGCUGACUCGGAAGAAACAGGUUCCUGAUCCCGGCGCUCGGAAGCCCUCGGAGCGAUGCCAUCCUGCCACGUGCCGAGGUUGAGGCAUCCAUCCAAGUGGAUGCUCCCCCCUCUCCUCCUUUUGCUGGCUGAGCUCGCCUGCGGUGCCCAGCCCACGUACCAGUGGAAGGAUGCUGUGACGAGGGAGAGGAUCACCUGCCAGCAGUGCCCGCCGGGGACCUUCGUGGCACAGCACUGCUCCAGGGACAGACCCACCAAGUGCGAGCCCUGCCCGGAUUUGCACUACACUCAGUACUGGAACUACCUGGAGAGGUGCCGCUACUGCAAUGUCAUCUGCGGGGAGAAGCAGCUGGAGGUGCAGCAGUGCAAUGCCACGCACAACCGCGCCUGCCAGUGCCAGCAGGGCUACUACUCCAACAUGGAGCUCUGCAUCAGGCACUCCCAGUGCCCGCCGGGCUCCGGCGUUGCGAAGCCGGGUACCCCCUUUGAGGACACCCAGUGCCAUGACUGCCCCUACGGCUUCUUCUCCUCCAGCUCUGGCACCAAUCCAUGCCAGCCACACCAGGACUGUGAGAAGCAGGGGAAGGUGACCAACGUGCCGGGCAACAGGUACCACGACACCCUCUGCACCUCCUGCAGACCAGGGAGAGGCAACAGCACAGAGGGACCAGCUGCAGAAGAUGAUGACUGCGAGCAAGCCAUGAUAGACUUUGUGGUGUAUCAGAACAUCCCCGUCAAGAAGCUGAAGCGCCUGCAGCAGAUCCUGGAGCGCUCUCCAAAGAAGCAGACAGCAUGGACCAAGGCAGCCAUCCAGGAGAAAUUCCGGGCUUUCCUCACUCACAAGAAGGAGGAGGACUCUGAAGUCACCAAGGAGCUGCUGGAUGCACUGCGUGUGGUCAAGCUCCACUCCAUCGAGGAGAAGGUCCGCAAGCGCUUCCAGCUGCCCUGAGAGCAUGGACUGGACUUUUUGGGUGCUCUUUGUUUUGGUUUUUAUCUUCUGAGGCUUCAUUAAUUUAUUCAUCUUUCCAAACAUAACUUGAAAAGCAGCAUGAGAGAUGAAUGAUGGAGUGGCAUCAUGCCAUGGCAGCUGUGUCACUGCUGAUGGGAUGAGAUGGGAUGGGAUGGGAUGGGAUGGGAUGGGAUGGGAUGGGAUGGGAUGGGAUGGGAUGGGAUGGGAUGGGAUGGGAUGGGAUGGGAUGGGAUGGAAUAUGUAAGCAGCAGCAUCCCCUUGCCAGCAGCAGGGGUGGGUCCUGGAAGCUCACCAGGUGCUGGGCACUGAUUUUCCAGACCUCAGCAAGGAUUAAUAUUUUAUCAGAAGAAAAACCUGCAUCCAGGGUCAUUAUUUCUGGGGAAGAACAUGGUCCCCUUUAUAGAAAACUGUUUGGCUUUGUUUUAAACUGUGUAAAUUUGGGCUUGUUGGGGGUUUUAGUAAUUUUACAGUAUCUUCAACAGAGGAUUUGCUUGCAGUUUUUUGUCAUGCUUUUGUUUGAGAAGAGAGUUUGCUGCUGAGGCACAGGAAUGGGGAGGAUACCCCAAACUCACUGGUACAGCUCACUUGAAAUUUAUUUCUUAACUACCUGUAUUUAUACCACAUGUGAAAGAUGUUUUCUAAAGAAAGAAACCAAAGAAGUUAUUUUAUCAUACAA